CAAAACUCUUCUUCUUCUCUCCUCUCCCUAACCACUAAAUUCUUAUCUUCUUCCUCCUCUCUCUCCUGCCUUCCUCCAAAAAAAACCCACCAGAGGCCAGAGAGACCAUCCCUUUUCUUCCUUCUCUCUCCACAAAAUCCUUAUCUUCUUCCUCCUCUCUCUCCUGCCUUCUCUCCAUUUCAAACCCACAACAACUGCUCCUCUUGUCCCCCCCCCCCAAAUCCCCUCCAUGGCCGACGAUAGGAUCUCCUCGCCGUCGUCACUGCUCCACCGCUUCUUCCUCGGCUCGCCGUCGUCUUCCUUCACCCCUUACGGUCUCGAGCAAGUCUCCCGAUUCUUCAGUUCAUCACCAUCAUCAGUAACAGCAGCAGCCAGCCCCGUGAAUUUGACGAGAAGGGAUAUAAUUGGAGACAAGCUGCAUGAGCUUUACAAUCCCUUUUUCCCCAGAUCUCAUCAUUCUCUGUCUCUCCCU